ACAGACGCAUCUAGGCACGCAGUGUAUACGCACAUACAUCGCGAACGUCUCUCGUAAAUUGGUGCAGUGCAGUGUAAGAGUAAGUGUUGACAAUAUCUCGCGGCGAGGUCGCCGUCGUUGACAGGUGCAAAGUAUCGGACGUAGAACGGUCCAAUCGAACAAGGGUAAACAAUAGGUGUGAGGGGUUGCGCAUAGGGGUAAAAAGGGGUGCGCAUCCAUUGGAUGCAGGUUCUGUUUUUGCUAGUGAGAACAGUAGUUGAUGGACAGCGACAAAGUGGCUACUGCACAUCUACCAGAGGUUCGCUCACCGGCGAAUCUACAAACAUGUGUUGAUUUGUCGUUACUCACACAUCUGAGAAACAUGUCUUCAAAGCGAAAAUCUCCUCCAACAAAAUUACACGAAGGCACAAACUCAACAGAUCUUACGAUACCAGGACACACAGGAAGCGGUAGUGAAGGAGGAGGCUUGACCGAUCUCGACGAAACGAGCAGCAACAAUCUAAGCGAUAUUUGCGAAGAAGACAACAAUACCAUGGUGCACAAUUCCAACGCUUUUUACAAAUUAUCGGAAUCAUCUUCACCAGGUAGCGUAUCACCUAGCGAAGGUGAAGAUAUGGAAGAAGACAGAACUCCUCCUAACAAAACUCCAAGAAUAGGGGAGCCUCAUAUAUUCGUUUCUAGUAGCAUCCAAGCAUUAUCGUUGCAUACGGACCACGAAAGACGACGGAAUUCUUCGGAGUGUAGUAGUCCUAGUGCCGAAUUUAAAACAAACAGUUAUAAUAAUAACAAUAAUAACAAUAGUUUAGUUAAUAAUAAUAGUUCCUCGCAUCCGUUGAAACGAACUAUGGACGAUGUUCUGAAGAGGCUGACGUCGAAAAUUAAUCAUAGCACUAUUAGGGAAGAAAAGCGGCCAACUCCCAGCUCGACGCCGAAUUCUGUUAAUAAUUCAGAUGUGGAGCCAACUGCAGCCAUCCAUCAAGCCCUAUCUGGGGAUAAUAUUAUGGAAAAGGAUAGGAAAUUGUCUGAAUUGAUUUUUCAACUACAGAUGGUUAGGGAGCAGCUACUUCAGCAGCAACAGGAACCAGUUAAGACAUCGACAGCUAGUCAACUAGUGAACGAUUCACACCAAAAACAGUUAGAACUACAUCGUUUACAACAAGAACAACUGUUACAACAUCAACAGAAACUACAAGAAUUACAAGGUCAGAUCACCGCACAAUAUGCCGCAGGUCCACAUCAAGCAGGACUCAUGUUCCUACCAUUUCUGGAACAACUUCGUGGACUACAACCACCGGCGAUCCCUCCUAACGUUUCUAAAUCUCCAAUGGGUAACCACAUGCUUCCACCUCAUCAGGUACCGAACUGGAUGUCCGCCACAGCUCAUCUCUCGCAAAUGCCAAAUAUCACCGCUCCACCUCAAGAGAAACGAUCUCCACCCCCACAACCAACCCCAUCACCACCACCACCAACUCCUUCUGAUCCCGACGCGCCUCUCAAUCUCAGUAAACCGAAAUCUUCCAGUUCGGGUUCAGCAAGAUCGAGUCCUCAAAGUACACCGGCGGCUCCUAUUCAAGAUCAGCCAGUCGCAGCGACUGCCCCAAAACUAUUACCACCUAAUUUGAUGAUGUCGAGAGCGUUCUUGCCGUAUGCCGGACUUCCACCUCAGUUUCCCAUGGACAGAAACGUUCAAAAUAAAGAUAUGACGAGUCCAGAUAAACAACCACAUUUUCCUUUACAUAUGUAUGGGCUGCCUACUCCACCGCAUAUGGGAGGUGCUAAAGAAGAGAGUAUUAAAGAAGAGAGAGAUUUUCUCGCUAGUUGCCACUUAUGGGGUACGCCCGACGCUAAUUUCAAACUCGAAGCGGACAAUGCGGAAAAAGCGAAAAUUAUACGGCAACAGGCGAAACGCGAUAAUGAAAAUAAACCGCACAUUAAAAGACCCAUGAACGCCUUUAUGGUAUGGGCGAAAGACGAAAGGAGGAAAAUCCUCAAGGCGUGUCCGGACAUGCACAAUUCCAAUAUAUCGAAAAUCCUUGGAGCGAGAUGGAAAUCCAUGUCGAAUUCAGAGAAACAACCUUAUUACGAAGAACAGUCUAGACUGUCGAAAUUGCAUAUGGAGAAACAUCCUGAUUAUAGGUAUCGACCGAGGCCAAAACGAACUUGUAUUGUUGAUGGCAAGAAAAUGCGUAUAUCAGAGUACAAAAUGUUGAUGAGACAACGACGUCAAGAAAUGAGACAGUUGUGGUGUCGUGAUUCCACGGAUAUGAAUUUUAUGCCUCCAAAUCCAGAUAUGUCUCCAGCUACGUCAACGUCGGGUAGACCAUCAGUAUCUCCAACUAUGGGAAUGUUGAAUGGCGCAGGACCUAGUACAGAUACUAGCUACUACUAUCCGCACGAUAGCACCUCGCCAGAGGCAAUGAAUUUUUCUCAACAAGAUACCAGUAUGGCUUACAAUUCAUCGCCGAGACACGACAAUGACUGAGCCUGGUUUAACAGGGACAGAUUCCCUCAUUGGUAUUAAAAUUUGGUGUUAGAUAAAUUUUUGGAGAAUAUGGAGAUAACGGGCAAUAUUUUAAUUUGCGGCAGCUCACAUCUUAAUUAAAACGUGAUCUCAAGAUGUAUAUAUCUGUCUUGUGAUUACAAAACAUGUAAAUAUUCACUAUUUACCAUAUUAAAUGUUCCCGUUGUCUGCAAAGUUUCUUGAUGUUAAUUUCGAAUGAAUGUCCGGUUUGGGCAUUUUUUGAGUUGAAAAACCUUGUAGGUUUGUAUUAAUUAAACAUAGUUUGUACAUUUGAUAAAGAAAACAGACACUUGAAAGGCAAGAUUCGCCUGUGCCAUUUGUGACAAAUGAAAAAACAAAUACCAAAAGACUUUAUUCAUACUUACAAAUUUUUGGUGUUGUAACUUGUUAUGUAGAUAUAUUUAAGAAUUUGAAGUUAUUUAUUUAUAUCUAGUUAUUCUUUUUGUUUUUUUUUUAUUUUGUAAAUUCUUGUAAAACUUUUUAUUACUAGUUUUUUCAUUGCAUUGCCAAGGUUUUGUUUGUAAUGUCCCAUAUUUUCAGACUUAUAUAAUAAAGUUAUCAAAAUUCAGUACAUUCGUCGUGCCAUAAUCAACAUUUUGACUUACGAGGGCGGUGUAAUAAGAUGAGUGUCGAGUAUUCUUGUAACUGACGACAAACGAAAUUGAAACGAAACAUUCCGCUAUUUGAGUGAACUUUUGCGUCAUUACGUAACCACAAAUCAACCACAAUUCACCACACUCCUAAUAGCAGUGAAAAUAAUAGGUAUCUAUGCAAAAUAAGGGCAGAUGCCUUGAAAAAGGUAUAACAACGGCCAAUAUUAUGUCAACUUAUUGAGUAAAUUUCAUUGAAAAAGUUUUCUUACAUGAGAAUAGUACAUUGGUUCACAUACGAGGUAUGGCUAUUAAGUAACGAGACUAACUACAGAAAAAGUACGCCCCAAAGGUUAGCAGCUGUCAGCUUGAAGCCUGGAAUGUGAUGUAUACAGUCUUUACACAAACAAGUGUAGCCGUAAGUUCAAUUUUUAUAGGGGCUGUUUUUUGUUUUGCCCUAAAAAAUAGAGCAACGGAGUGUUUUGAAAUUUCACAAGAAACUUGGAAAAACUGCAAUUAUAUGAUAAUUUAUCGAAUAAAUUAUAUGACAAUGAAUAUUUGUCGCGUCUACGUGUUUUCGAGUGGUUUAAGUGUUUUCAAGAUGGCCGAGAAGAUUUUGGAUCGUCCUUCGGUGCGAAUGCAGAGUCUAUAGGAAUUGACAAAGAAUGUGGACGGCAAAUUUUACAUUAAAAUUGUAUCAUGAAAAAAGCGUGCGUGUGCCUAAAAUCCUUAAAUUUGAACAACAAUAAGCUUGCAAAAUAUUUGAAUUAACAUUUUGAAUGCGACUGAAUCUUGGAUCUUGCACUGUGUGACUUCUGCUUCUUUCCCAAGAUAAAAUUUGCAUUAUCAAUAAUAAGAUUUGAGAGUUUAUUGAAGCUGUGAAAGAAAAAGCGACGCGCGCCCUGAAGGAACUAGCAGAAAAAUACUUCUUGCACUGUUUCCAAUAAUGAAAGGUUUGCAUGGAGCGCUGUAGGGAUAGAGGAGGGGUAUAUAUUGAAGGUAAUAAUAAAUAGACAUAAAAUUAAAAUAAACUUAUAUCACCAGUCCUGAUUCCUUAUUUACAAACUUUAUUUUUUUAGAAUGUUUGAAUAAAUUGCACAAAAUGUAUUAAAAUUCGGAUUAUUCUGUAGCCAAUAAUAUCAUCAAAAAGUCACAAAUUUAUUAACUCGUCCUCGUACACGCAGAAUUAAAAAUGUAAGUCAUAAAAUAGGGUCAGACAUCCCGUUGAAUUUUAUUGAAAAUCAGAGACUAUUGUCAAGUUUUUCCAAAAAAAAAUUAAAGGUAAAGAUAAGCAGUAUUUGCUUCACGUAAAAUAUUAAUUCUAGUCGUUUGAUUAUGAACAAACUCUGUAAAGAUUUUAGCUUUAUUAGAGUAAUUAAAAUGUAUUAUUUUUUAAGUUAAUAUUGUAUGGUACAAAAAAACUCUAACAAUUAGACGACUAGAACUCCCCAAAGGACUUUUCGGAAACUAUGAACCCGGAUCACGGUCAUUGUUAUUCGGAAACUGAUCAAGUUGAGUAAACGCGAUCAGCUGAUGGAUUAUUUAAUUUGUCUAUGGUUUUUUGAAAUUGAAAAUUUAGUUAUUCCCCUUAAUUGGCUGUCUACUAUUAAUUAUAUUUGUAUUUUUCGCCAUAUUAUGGAAAAAUUAACGAUCAUGUUUUAAAUUUGAAAUUUCCUCCGAAAAUCGACGUUCGUAAACUGUGACCUAAAUCUCGUUCUGGGUUAGGAUUCGCAAUCAGCUGAUCGGUGAUCUACCCGAACCCGGGAUAUAGUUUCCAAAAAGUCCCCAAGUAAUUUUGGAAAAAUUUUAUCGUACUAAACAUGAAAUUAUCUAAAAAAUAUAAGACGGAAAAAAAGAUCAAGAAAAACAAACAAGGGUAGAUUUUUAUAUAUUCCAUCAAUUGAUGGAGAAAAAUAUUUGUAUUUCUGAGAUACAGUAUGUCUCCAAUAAGUGACUUAAAAAGGAUAUCUUGUAAAAUCUUAAUAAAAGUUCAAUUUUCAUGUGGAAACUUAUUCUAGUUACCUUGAAGUGAACAAUUAUAUAUAUUUAUUUAGGUACACAAUAAUUACCAAUUAAUUCAGAAUUAUGUAUAUCAACCAAUUAUCGCCAUGAUCUAAUUUACAGUCAUACAUAUUUUUUAUAAUUAAUUAUUUCACAGAAAAACUUUUAUAAACCUUUGACUCUUUUUCUCUGGUGGUCAAGAUUUAAUGGGCAAUUUCAUGUUGACGUUUAGAGCGUCAAAUGAAGUUACCUGGGGCGCCAUCUUAAAUAUAAGAGCGUCGAGCGUCAAAACGCUAAAAAACACUUAAAUCUACCACCUCUAUCAAUAGUCUGUCAAACUAUGAAAAUAAAGGGUGUUUUAAAUAUAAACAUUAAUGAUGGCGUUACAUUUUCAAGCUAUAUACCUGAUUUAAACAGUUGAACAAUGUUUAUUUUUGACGCUGCAUUAAUUUAAGACGAUGCCCCACGUAACCUCAUUCAUUGCCCAGUUUUACAAUUCAGUGAACACAAAGAUGUACCUAUAUUUUUGACAACUAUCAGCUCUAGAAAUAAAUGUAUAUAAUUCAAGGUCACCUUGUAGAAUUAUAUAUUUUACAAUUCCGAUUAUUAUAAAAAGAUUAUUCCAAAUCACUUUUUAAUCAUAAAAUAGAAAUUUAUACAAUAUUUUCUAAAAAAAUUUCAUGUUUAUGUACGAAAUUUUAAAGUGCAAUGUAAACUUAUACUUUUAUUUCUAAACUGUUGAUGUUUAUAUAUUUUAAUCUAAAAGCCAGUACUUUAAGUAACAUUACUUAUUUAUUUCUCAACAGUUUUAUUUUUAAUAGAAAUAUGUACAGUCAGACUCAAAAUAUGCAUCAUACAUUUAAUAGGCUAUUUUUCAGAAACCUACAAAUAUCUAUGAAAACCUUUUUUUAUUUAAAUGUUUGUACAAAGCAAACUAAAAGCUUAAAAUUACUAAAUUGAUUGGUGUUACAUAAAAUGUUGAAUAGUUCCGUUGUUUUUGAUCUGAGUUAAUUACUUAAUUCAUGUUUAUAAAGCCGGUACCACACGAUGCGUCAAAUGAUUUCAACGUUGGUCGCUGGUACGAUUGGACGCAUCGUGUGGUUGUAGUACGCAUGCCAUUCGACGAAUGUUUUGAUUCCAGCGUUGGCAUUGGAACAUUGACCAUGGAAAAUCCGUUUUUUCCCCUGUCAAAAAAGUACCCAACAUUGGAACCAACAACUACGCGUACUUCUUGUCCUCUUAUGUAUGAAAAAACAAAAUUGCUAGUAUCAUCCUGUUUAUUUUAAAAGAAUUUAUAUCUGUUGUAUGCUGUUCAUCACUUUUUUGCUACGUUUACACUUCUUUAGGUAAGGUUUGUUUAGGUUCCAGCUUUCGUUCAAUGUUCAUCCAAAUGUGGAAGAUGAAUGUUGGCGCAAACGUUGGACGCAUCGUGUAGUACCGGCUUAACAUUAUAGGUUUUUGUAAAGUUGUUUAGUUCUGUUUGAUAAACUUUUUAAAUAUUCAUUAGUUAUUUUCAAUUGUUAUUACCUUUAGUGUAUCAUCAAUGGGGAUGUUGUGAAGUUUUUUAGAAGGAUUUUAUUUCAUAAAUACACACAAAAAUUACAAUUUCAUUAAAAAAGUGACAAAUUUUAUUAAAACAAUACGUAUGUGACUAUAACUUCACCGACUAUAAAUAAAACGAUAGAUCUUGUUGUAAUAUCACUUUUGAAAGAUUUUUCUGUACCUUUGACGCAGAUAUUCUCUAAGUCAUUGUCAAGGAUAUUUUGGGCAAAUAUUAAAACGCGUAAUAUUCUAGGUAUUCUUUUCUUUUAGGAGUGACAAUUAUUUAAAAGUCUUUUGCUGUUACCUGUACCUGUGACGUACUUUUAUAUUUCUUACUGUACAUUUCGGAGGUCCUAAUACAGGUAUGAAUAAAAAGUAGGGAUCGUCCAACGGUUUGGAGUGUUGUACACGAUUUAACAUAUCAAUAGUCAAUACUUUAUAUUGAAGUAUUGCAAAAAUAUUCUUUUGUUAAAGAUUGAUAAUAUAUUCGUGUAAAACAAUUUUAAAGUAUCGUGAGGUAUAUUUCUACGUGUGUUGAUUUGCUUACUACUUCAUUAUAUAAUACUUUAGACUCAUAUGCUAUAAACUUUUUUCUAUAUUCAGUUCUACAUGAAUUGGGACCUUCGCAAUCUAAAGUAACAGCAACAGACAUUCUAGGAUUGUCAGUCCUAAAAGAAAAGAAUACCCAGAAUAUUACGCGUUUUAAUAUUUUCUCACAAUAUCUUUGUCAAAGGGACAGAAAAAUCUUUCAAAAGUGAUGUUUCAACAAAAAUAAGCGCUCAGACUCUAACCCGCAGGUUUCCAUAUUACUGUCUUACUGCACUCGCACAGAUACGUUUUUCGCUCUGGCAGACUGUUGGUGAUGGAAUUUGGUUCUGGCAUUAUAUAUUAUUAAUUGUUCAUGUUAAAAUUUGAAGACUGAUGAAAUGACAAAAAUGAAUGCUCUCUAAAAUUUUAUGACUAAAGCUUUACCUAAAAUAAAUCUAAUUUCUUGCCCUCCUUAAGAUUUUAGAGUAGUCUACCCCGGCCACACAGGGCUGCCAGAAGUGGCUUCUCAUUUUCAGUGGGUAUAGAGGAUUUACUGUAGAAACUUUCGUGACUUUUGAAAUGACCACCUGAAUUUUUUUUGUUAAUUACUUAUAAUUUUGAAAUCUGAUGAUUGAGGCUAACUAGUGAAUACAGCAAUUAAUUUUUUGCUCUUCUGACUAGAAAUAUUUGGUUAGUGUAUAAGAGCUCGUAAAAAUUUUUCCACUUUUUAUAAAAUGGAAUGCCAUAUUUUCUAUGUCAUUUUAAGCGUUAAAUAUCUCAUAUAUAAUGUUUCGACAGUAUGGUUUUGAAAUAAUUUUUCUUCAAUAAAUCAUUUAAAGAAUACAUAACUAAAAUCCUGAAAAAUAGCCUAUUUAGCUAGAUAUUAUACACAUGUUAUGUACUUAGAUAUAAAAAAGUUAUUUAGGUAUCAAAAUAUACACAUGUAUUAUUAUUUUAUUUUUUUUUCACAAACUUUUAGUUUGAAACGUACCUACAUACUAUUUUUUGUAAAAUAUUUAAACACAAACUUCUUAAAGAUACUUUGUGAAUUACUUAUUUAAUAUUUUCAGUUAUUAAGUUUGUUAUGUGAUGUUUUACUUCAAACUAUAUACUUUGGACUGACAAAAACCCCAUGAUUUUGUUUCUCAUACAAUAAGAAACUUAGUUUAUAUAGCAGAAUAUGUACAAAUGUUUCAAAGAACAAAUAUUGAUCUAUGGUUUUAUUUUUUGCUACUACUGACUUACAAAGAUUGAUUGAAGUGGUUAAAUAAUUGGUUCUUUUCUCUAUUAUCUCCUUUAAAUUCAAAUUAAAAUGUUUUUCUAGUCAGUAUUUUCUAGUAAUCAAUAUAAAUUGUUUAUUGUUAAUAUGUUAUGAUAUUAGUUACAAAGGUUUUAGCAUUUAUGUCUCACUCUUACUUUUCGUUUUUCCUAAUGUUUCUCAAUUAAAAGUCUACUCUACUUAGCUAUAUUUCUUCUGUAAUCAACAUUAAAUCUUCUAUCCACUUCUCAUACAUUCAUCAAAAUUUCUUUUUUGUGCAUCCACAUUAUAUAUCUACUAUUUCCUGUAUAUCCCUUCAUGGUUUGAAUUAUAAUAUUAUAGGUUUGUUCUUGGUUGCUGCACUGGCAGAACUAUUUCAUGAAGUGUACACUAAGUGUUCUUUGUAGCAAAACCAGCACUAGUAUCACUGUUCUUAGUAGCAGUGCAAGAGAACUAGUUCACCCAGUUCACUGUACUGCUUGCACUGGGUCUAGAGUCAGUUCAGCCAAUGCAAUGCUAGACAGUAGAAUAAGUUUAGUCUGGAAAAUCGUUUUCCGUUAUUGUUAGUACUGCAAGACCCGAAUUAAAUUAAAUAACCUCAAAUAAAACAAUCAACAAAUGCUCCAGUGCUCUUUGCACUAUAUCGUCCUUUGUAUCCGAUCGAACUAGUUCUACUAGUUCUAUACAUUCAUGAACUAGCCUGCACUGGUCCAAUUCAGUACAGUUCCAGUGCAGUUACCAAGAACAAACCUCAUUUCAACAACUAGGAUCAAAUAUAGAUGAUGUAAUAUACAAAAUUUGAUGAAUUUUGAAGUAAAAAAAUUCAUUAAUCCCUCAGCUCAGGUAACCCCAUAGGAAACAAUAUAUAAAAGAUACGAGGCGGAAGUAAUUCUUUUCUAAUCUUCAACUGCAAUAGUUCAAAAGAAGUUGUUAUCUUUCUCAUAUCAAAAAAUUCAGGCAGUUAUUUAUAAUCAGUUGACAGCGUUGAAAGUUUAUAAUAAAAAAAUAUGAAUUAAAACUAAAAAUUAAUUUGGAAGUGUUCACUACUUUUUAUGGAAAUCAUAUUUAUAUCAAGGUUUUAGUCUUACAUUUCACAGAGACGUAUUAGUGUUGAUGAAACAAAUUGAUACAAUAUUGUCGCAUAAAUUAUGUUCAAAGAUUAAUUAAUUGUAAUAAAUGAAAGGCAUUGAAAACUCAAUAUAAUGUGGAGCGAGGUGUAUUCAAUUAUACACGUAAUCAUCAAUGGCAUGAUAGCCAAGAUACGUUGAUACUCGUGUUCAUAUCUUGACCUGGAUUUUAAUGGUAACAAAUCAGUACUGGCUUGUGCCAGUACAUUUUUUAGAACUAACAAGAAUCAAAAUGACAGGGAAUAAAAUAAUGCCGAUAAUAAAUAUAUGGAAAUGUUAAUCAUGUUUGGUACUAUUACGAUGUAUUAUGAUUACUCUGAAAAUAAAAUGUUCUAAAUUCAAUUCUUAACCUUUUUUGCGUUGUUUUCAAAUAAGUCUAAUAGAAAGUAUAGUUGAUUAUGUGUGCUGACUGGAUUAUUCCUUUUUAGAUCUAGUAGACAUGCGAAAGCAAGUAGACACGAAUUGGAUUGACUACCUCGUGUGGUGGUAGUGAUGUUUUUAAGCAAAACACGAUUUAGUCAGACUAUUCGUCGGCCCGACCAAAUCAUGUAGUCUUUAAAAGCAUUCCUCCCAUGGCUACUAUGAAAUUUUCUUCAGCACAAAGUAUGCAGUAUGAAGUUAGGGUUUUAUCAAAACAGAAACAUUUCAUAAAAAACAAGUUUAAUGCUAUUAUGUUUAUUAUUUUAGAACAUAUUCUGUAUACACAAACUUGAUAGUUGAAAUAGAAUAUUUAACCUGUACUUAAAUAUGUCUGACAAAGCACCUAUGUGACAACUUAUGGUAGUAGAUAUACAAUAUAUAAAAAAUUAUCGAUUAGUUGGAGAUUUGUGAUACCUAAUUAUUAUUUAAAGGAUAUAUAUUGUUUGAACAUCUACGAAAUACCUUUAAAAGAGAUGGUAAAUUUUAGAUUUUCAUAAUUUCUCGUGAGAGAAAUAAAUAGAAUGGUUUUACAAAAAUUUUAUGCAUAUGGUAUUAUAAUGGUCUUACGAAAGCGAAUAAUUAUAUGUAUAUGUGAUAAGAGUACUUGUAAGAAUUUUGCCAUCUUGACGUAUAUUUUUUUUAAUUUUACUGUACAGUUUAUUUUCCAUGUCGAAAGUAACCAUCUUUUUUAUCAAAUAUAUUUUAAAUCGAUUAUGAAACAUAUUCCUAGAUUUUUCUAAAAUUGUGCCAAAUAAUAGAAAGUAUGGCAAAGAUAUAUCUUUGCAAUCAUAUAUAUAUUGAAUAUUCAAAAGUUUUUAUUCAAUUUAGAACAUAAUGUACACAUAAACAAUGAUUGCACAAAGUGCAUUUCACGAUUUUCUUUUUUUUUUAAUAAUUUGCCGUACUUUUGAUACACCUUGUACAUUUAAAAAUGUAAUUUGUGUAUGGAAAAUUUUGUAAUAAAUAUUCUCUAAAUUCUUCGCACAAAUUAAGUAAUAAAAGGAAUUAAAAAAUAAUUAUUAAUUACUUUUAUCUUACUUUAGUAAAUCAAUUCAGAAAAUAAUUUGAUUUUGUUAAUCUUCUGAAUAUCUUUUGCCCCGUUUGUGCGACUAAUUCAGAACGUUUUGAUUAUUCCAUAAUAAAUUAGACGGCUAGUGAUGAAUGUAUGUAAAUCCCAAUAUCAAUAUAAAAGUUAAUGUUAAGAUUAUAUCCAAAAAAAAUGGCCACAAUCUGGAAUUAUAUUAUUAGAAGCUAGCUCAUUGUUCUUUCCUGUGCCAAAUUAAAAUAAAGUAUAUAAAA